AUGAAAGACGACGACGCUACUCCUCCCGCGUACGAUAGCGAGGAGCAUUUCAAGACCUAUGCCGUCUCUAGAUAUGAUCAGAUGUUGCUGGAAAACGACAAAGAGAUAGACUGGUGGUGGUCUCUGCUGGCAAAGAUCUUCUCGUGGCUAUUGUUGGCAGGUUACAUCGUGUUUCCUUCCACGUUCGCCUCGCUGAAGAGGUCGCAAGUUCUCGAAAGCAUGGGCAAGGUUGGGCAGACGGUGUCAUACUGGGUCAACGACUGUCUGAUUGCCCUUGCCUCUGUGCUUUCGGGCGUUGCAUCCAUCGGCCUGGCAUGGCUGUGGUUCAAGUGGCGUGCAAACUACGUCUGGGUGCAUCAACACAUCAUCAUGUAA